GAGGCUUUCGAGAAAUUUGCUCUUAAUUAUGGCAAGCAUCACCUUCCAAUAAAGAUUGUAAGCCACAAAAUGGUGCUGGAAGUCCAAAAGGCCUACCGCCAAAAUGCAAGUGACUUUUACCUCGACGUACACGAAUGGCAAACGAACAUCAAUAUUGCCUCUUCAAAUUUUGCAGAUAACGGAUCAGUGGUCGUCGGGUGUGUAUAUAAGAAUCUGCAAGACAUACUGCCGAAAAGUCAACCCAACAGGAAUGGAACAGGAAGCACAAGAUAUUUGGGUAGCAGAAUAAUAAUGGCAGCAAUGGAACCUAAACCAAAAAAAUUGCUAGAAAAUGUCGUCUUGAAGUUCAAAAACAUAAAGAUAGAAGAAAGGGUGAAGAAUUGCAUGUUUUGGAGAGGCUUCAGCGAAAGCUCCGACGGAUUUUCAGACGAAGGAUGCCAUGUAGUUACGUCGAGGAGCAAUUCAGAAGAAACAGUUUGUAGCUGCAAUCAUUUGACUCAUUUUGCUGUAUUAUUAGAUUACAACGAUGAUACAAAGCUUUCCAAACAGGAGGAGACUGUGUUGAAGAUAAUUACCUACGUAGGAUUAAGCUUGUCGAUCAUCGGGAUCCUUGUAACAUCAGCCUUGUACUUUUUCUUUACAGAUGUCCGUCAACCUCUGUCUCAAAUUCGAUUGAGUCUUUCUGUGUCCCUCGGAGUUGGACAGCUAAUUUUUCUCGCAGGAGUAAACGCCACAGAACACACGGCUGCUUGUAUCGCAGUAGCAGCUCUGAUGCAGUAUUUCCUGAUGGCUGCCUUUUGCUGGAUGCUGGUCGAGGGAAUCUACCUCUACCUGUUUGUUGUGAAAGUUUACAACAUCAACACCAAGAUGCACAUGUAUCACGUCAUCUCAUGGGGUUUCCCUAUGAUCAUGAUGGCCAUUUCACUUGGCAUUGCUGUUGCGAAAGAAGGAAUACAAAGCUAUGUCAGUGAUAAAUAUUGUUGGCUGUCUUCGACCAACAAUCUGAUCUGGAUAUUCAUCUCCUUUGUAACGUUCAUCGAAGUUGUCAACAUCUUGAUACUCGUACGAGUCAUAAAGGAGAUGACCAAUUUGGUGCAGCCAAUAGGUGAAGACGACCAUAUUCAGCAAAUACGAAUUGGUAUCAAAGCUUGCGCACUGAUGAUUCCUUUACUGGGUGUCACGUGGCUGUGUGGUCUUCUUUCGCCUCUACAAAAGGCUUUUGCUUACAUUUUCACAAUGCUCAACUCUACUCAGGGUUUCCUGAUUUUUGUUCUACACGGCUUACGAAACAGUCAGAUCAGAGAGCGAUUGAAAAGAAAGAUGAACGUGGUUUUUACCACUUCAAAUAAGGAGGACUCCACAAGGAAGAGCCCACAGGUCAAUUCAAGUGACGUCGGCGAUGCCCGGGCAGUUGAAUUGCAGCCUCGCAGUGACGUUAAAUCGAAUUAGCACUGUACUUAAGUCAGUGGAUUUAACUGUCUGCCAGUAACAUUCUAUUCCAUUGAACGAUUGUGUAGUAAAUAGCGAUUAGUCGAUGGCGAUCGAUCUGAGUUUCAAUCUGCUGUUAAAAUGUAAUGUAGUAAAAGUAAAUUAACAUAAGGUGCAUCAUGUAAGUCGAUAGUUUUUAGUU